AUGCCCUCAAUCCUUACCGAUGCCGACAAGGAAACUGUCAAGCGACAGGUGCCUAAACCUGCCAACAAGAUCCUGGCCGUAGCUGUCGCACGACUCUACGUUGCCUACCCCGACCCCCAAAGAUGGACAUACACCGGUGUGCAGGGUGCAGUAGUCCUCUGCAAUGAUCUAGUUGGACGCACCUUUUGGUUGAAAAUGGUCGAUGUCUCGCCCGCUGGAAAGGGUGUGAUUUGGGACCAGGAGAUCUACGAUAACUUCUCUUACAAUCAAGACCGCACUUUCUUCCAUACUUUCGAGCUCGAGGACUGCCCGGCGGGUCUGUCGUUCGCCGACGAAAAAGAGGCCAAGACAUUCAUUAAGAAAGUGCAGGAGCGUGAGAAGCAUGCGAGCAAGGAAACUAGCAAGACUCCCUUCGCAUCUUCUCGAGGCCAAGGACCUGCACCGGUCACCAAUGGUAAAGGACCUGGGCGGUCUCUCUUUGGUAGUCUGUUGCAUCGUUCGAACCCUACCCCGAGUGCCACCCUGCCCCCAGCUCCCGCGCCGUCAAUACCAGUUGGUCCACCUCCCACCUUGGCUCCAAGCGCACCGCCAGCCAAAGGAGAUCUGCCAUUCGAUAUCAAUGACCCAGCACAAAAGGGACUCUUGGACGAGCUUUUACAAAUGGGCAUUACCGAAGAUCAAAUCGCCGACAAUUCCGACUUCAUCAAGUCCUGGAUUGCCCAGAAACAGACCGCAGCUACUCCCAAGGUAGCUACAAUCAGUCCUCAGGGUACAGGGACUAGCUCAGCGAGUCGACGUGGGCCACCGCCGCCGCCUCCAACACGGAAAGGUCGGGCUGAAGCUGCCGAUGAGACUGUUCCCACUCCGCCUCGCGAACCAUCUCCUCCACCAGCGCCAACCCGUAUGUUCCGAGCACCACCUCCAAUCGCUGACGCUGGUAAGUUUGCUGAGCCUGCUGGACCUGUACCCCCGCGGCGGCCACGGGCGAUAUCAAACGUUACGCCUGGCCCGCCGCCGCCUCCACGUCCUCCAAAGACGCCAAUGGAAGAUAGCCCAAGCCAGCCUCAAGGCCGGUUUGGGGUACCCCCUCCAUUCACUGGUGAACGCAAGGUCUCCGCCCCUCCUGCCCCUCCAAGUCGCAGUCCCAUCCCUGGCGGCCCUCCACCUCCACCGCCUCGUACAGCUAGCCCGGCAGCACCUCCCCAGCUCCCUCCCAAAGUCCCCAAUGCGGGUGCACCAUCUGGCCUCCCUCCCCCACCGCCAGCUCGAGCUCCGAUUUCCCCGCCUCCGCCGCCAGCGCCUCGCCCUGUCCCAUCCACUCCUGCAGCUGCUCCUCCCGCUCCACCUCCACCCCCUCCAAGAGGGCCUCCCCCUCCUACGACAACCUCAGUGAUACCACCAGGACCUCCCCCACCGCCCCCUGGGCGUUCUGGACCCCCUGUGCCACCCCCACCCCCUCCUGUUGCAGGUUCUGCUGCACCUGGCGUGCCCCCCCUCCGCCGCCACCUGCUCCAGGUGCUGGUGGGUUUGGAGGCCCGCCUCCUCCUCCACCCCCAGGCCGUUCUGGACCUGCGAUUCCCCCCACCACCUCCUCCCCCCGGUGUUUCUUCGGGAGGGCCUCCUCCCCCUCCAGCUCCAGGCGGUACGGCGCCUGCCUUGCCUAAGAGCACCGGUGGUAGAGACGAUCUCCUAGCAGCUAUUCGUGGCUCUGGAGGUGCAGGCGGAGGAGGGUUACGAAAGGUGAGGGACUCCGACAAGAAGGACCGAAGUGCGGCAAUGGUUCCGGGAGGCGCAGCGGAAUCAUCUGCUGCCGCCUCGAGCUCUGGCGGAGGUCCACAAGGUGGACUGGCCGGUGCUUUGCAGGACGCAUUGAAUAAGAGAAAGCAGCGAGUCAGCGGUAGUGAUGAUGAGAAGGAUGAUAACGAUGAUUGGUGA